CGGUGGGAAAACUUUUUGCCUUGGGCUGAGUAUUGGUACAACACCACUUACCACGAGUCGACCAAGAUGACACCAUUUGAAUUGGUGUAUGGACGAAAACCCCCGACGUUGAUCAAUUAUUCGGAGGGGAGUACAGUCAAUGACGAGGUUGGUCGAGAACUCGAGGAACGAGAUUUGAUGUUACGAGAGUUGAAGAAAAAUCUCGAAGGCUCAAUUAACCGAACCAAGGCCUUCGCUGACGGUAAGAGGCGCGAAGAGAACUUUGCGCCGGGAGAGUAUGUUUACCUAAAGCUACGACCAUUCAGGCAACGCACGACAGCACAAAGGGCGGCGACUAAGCUUGCAGUUCGCUGUUAUGGACCUUAUCAGAUUCUGAAGCGCAUUGGUCAGGUAGCUUAUCAUCUAGAAUUACCAGAAA